AUGGCGAGCUGCGGAGCUCAAGACUCGUUCGAGACGCCCGACUUCAAUGUUCCAGAAGCACUCUUGAGGCAAGGCGUCAAUGUUUCUGCCUUACCUGAGCUCGCUGGCCUAGUUGAACGAUCGUCGAAUCUGGCUUGCUCGACCGCUUGUCGUUCUCUGAACAUUUUACCUGGCUUCGAAGUCUUACUCGAAGAUUCUACCAAUUAUACUGCGUUUACCGACGCGUAUUGGUCAACACAGCAGGCAGAAGUCAACCCUAUCUGUAUCUUUAAGCCGUUGAGCUCCAAGCAGGUUUCCAUUGCCAUUCUGAUCUCGCGCCUCACCAGGUGUCCGUUUGCCGUGAAGGGUGGCGGACACGCCGCUUUCGAGGGUUCCUCAAGCAUCGAGGGCGGCAUCACUAUUGCUUUGGAGAAGCUCAAUGAGAUCAAGGUCACUGCUGACAAGAAAAGCGUUUACGUUGGGCCGGGCAAUCGCUGGGGCCAAUUUUACACUGAGCUUGAGAAGCAUGGCGUUGCUGUAGUCGGAGGACGAGUCAAUGAUGUCGGUGUGUCUGGACUCACACUUGGAGGGGGCAUCAGCUUCUUUGCGAAUAUGCGUGGGUGGGCAUGCGACAACGUGGAGAGCUAUGAGCUUGUCACAGCAUCAGGCUUGGUGCUUACAGUCACUCGCAAGUCUUUUCCGGACCUAUACUGGGCUCUUCGUGGAGGUGGAAAUAAUUUCGGUAUUGUGACGAAAUUCCAGCUGCACACAUUCCCGAUUGGAAAGAUGUGGGGUGGCAGCAAGCUCGUCGCUAGUAGCGACUUUGAGAAUGCCCUUGAUGCGACUUACAACUUUGGCCUGACAGGAGCUGUCAAUGACAACAAGGGCUCACAAAUAAUCUCGUUCGCCAACCAAGCUGGAUACGGGCCGCUGGCACAAGCAUUUUUGACGUACUCGGAGCCCUCCGAGACCCUUCCUUCUAUGUUCAAAGACUGGAGCAACAUCUCACUUGUCCAGGACACCACCGGCCCGCACUCUCUUUCCGAGCUCGUGACUCUGCUGAGCACAGGCAUUCCAGACGGCGUACGUGAGACCUACUGGGAUGUCACUUUCAAGCUUGAUCGUUCCCUUUUCAGCUACCUCGUCAACACCUUCUUCGAGCUUCUUCCGAACAUCGUCAGCGCUGAGAACCUCCUUCCUACAAUCUCAAUUCAGCUUCUGACCAUCCCACAACUCCAGCAGAUGCAAAAGCACGGUGGAAACGCUCUCGGUAUUAGUACAGCUGAUGGCCCAAUGUUUAUCAUGAACUUAGGCACUAUGUGGACCAGCCCGGCUGACGAUGCCCGCAUCUUCAAGUUCAAUAACGACAUCAUCGCCAGAGUGCGGGAAGAGGCGUCGAAGAAGGGUCUGAAUAACGAUUAUAUAUAUAUGAACUACGCAUCCGGUUACCAGGCGGUUAUAUCGAGCUAUGGAGAUGAGAAUCAGAAGAGGCUCAAGUCGGUUGCUGAGUUCUACGAUCCUACUCGCAUCUUUCAGGAGCUUCAGCCGGGAUACUUCAAGCUCGAUGGCGGUGCACCGCUCGGUACAUUCCUAUAG